AUGUUCCUGCUGCUGACACAGUCUGCGCUUAACGCGGGCAAGAAGAUAAUGACCUUUGUGCUGGACGCUCUGGAUUCUGCUGUUUCCGAGAUUGUGCGUGGUCGGUUUGCAUGGCGCCGGAUGCUGCCCCAGAACGUUUUGCCGAUGGCCGACAUCACCAGUGCUGGCGGUUGGGCGGCCUUGACUGGUCAACAGUUGUGGCUCGUUUCCAGUAUCUUCCCCUUCCUCGUCGCACCAAUUUUCUCCCAUCCUAAUCUUCUGGACGACUAUGUUCGGGCCAUGGUCGUUGCAGAGGUGGCAGAUCGCAUCGAUGUGAACUCAGGCACCCCCGCUGGCAAGGCGGCUGUGUGCGCCGCAUUCCAAGACCUCAUCAAGGCUUGCAGCUGGAGUUCUUUCGUGGUGCGCUCACCUUCCUUUACUGCCGAAGGCUUGGGUACUUUGCAAAAGUCCCAAAUCGACCAGGUCCAGGUCAAGCAAGUCACUCGCGUGAUGGGGGUUGCUCUCGGUUCCAUCCACAAAGGGCUUCACAUCGCUCCCAAUGUGGUCGUCAACGGCGUUGUGACGAAUUGCAACGUCGGAGAGGCAAAGAACAAGCAGCAGAAAGCAUCGGCUCCUUCGGCGAGUGGACGAGACAACGCCGAACACAUGUGGCGUACUACGAACGACAGCUUAGCUAUGCAAGCGCUGGCGGACGGCGUCGAGUGGACGGCCUCGGGUUGGACUGGAAGAAGUGGGAAACCCGAACGGUCACGGCUGGCGAUCUCUGUAGGGUCACCCUCCAGGACGUAUUCGCAGUCCUGCCGCUCGCGCCCGCUCAGUCAGACACGGUGUCGGCGGGACGGCCAUGGGGCUAUGUGGAGUGGGAACAAAACGUUGUCGGAACGGAGGCACCAGUUCAGGGAGUAG